CUCCCCUCCGCCCUCGGCCCCGCGUGACGCGCACAAACACAGCCGGACCUCCCGAUCCUCGCGCUCUCCCCUUCGCUCGCGCCUGCCUCGUUAUGCCUUUGAUCCCCGCCGGCCUGCCGCCAUGUCCGCUGCCGGUCGCUCCCUGCCGCCGCUGUUGAUCUUCUUUCUGCCGUCUUCGCUGCUCUUCUGCCUGGAUGGAGCGCUGAGAGCGGCGGCGGAGGGCGGAGGCCUCUCCUCACCCCCAUCCCCGCUCGGUGACAAUGGCGUCCCAGCCGCCGUGGGAGACACCUCGGCUCUGGCUAGAGAAGGCCAGUUUUCCCUGAAGGUUCUGGUGAGAGACCUGGUCACCCGCCGGCCUCUGGCCGGGGCCUCCGUGGACGUCUACCUGAAUCACACCUCGAAGAGUUCAGUCCAGACGGGGCAGGACGGGGUGGUCCUGCUCCGGGUGCCCUACAAUCCGGGUGUUGGUUUGACUCUGCUGGGCAGUAAGGAGGGGUACGUACCCACCCCCCUGCCUUGGAGCACCACCAAGAGACCGCUUUUCUCCGCCGUGACGUUGCCGCUGCUCCCUCACAGUCAGGGAAACAUCUGGCUGUUUGAAGAGUCGGUACUCAUCACCAGGAACUUACCCGACAGCUCAUUCCAACCUAAGGCCAAGUUCCCCAAGAACCUCCUCACCGUCUCUGAUAAAAGCAACAUCUCUUCACUGACGGCAUACCUGACCGUGCCACAGCACCACCCGGCAAAAGACUGCACCCACCGCACCCCAGGGAUCAUCGGCAGUAAAUCCGCGCUCAGAUGCAUCGAGCUGAAGGCGGUAGCGGGCGUCAGCAUUCAAUUGUACUCUGGCGGCGAGGAGCUUCAGGUCCGAGGACCCAUCCAAAUCAGCCUGCCGCUGGAACGCGACACUCACCGGAGGUCCUCGAACACAGUUCCCGCCUGGGCCUUCAACGUGAGAACAGGUGCCUGGGAGAAUCACGGUCUGGGAACAGUGAAAGGAGUCGGCGACGAACUGGUUUGGACGUACACCGCAUCCCACCUGGGCUACUGGAUCGCGGCCCCCCACCCUUCGGGAAAAGAUUAUUUCGGACAAGUAAGUUCUAUGGAUUUCAUCUCUUACCACACCUAUCUUUUGGCGGGAAUACUGGGAGGAACUCUGGCCACAGUCAUCGGAUUCCUGUCCUUGCUUCUCCGUCACUGCGGAUCCAGCAGUUCCCGUCGAGAAGCCACGAGGAGGAGAAGGGCCCGCUUUUCCAAGCUCGCCGUAGUAAAAAAAGACCAGACGACCUCCACCCACACCGAGGAGGGUUCGCUUCUCCGAUCCGGCGACAACGUCCUCACCUCGCGCGGCGUCGAGCGCGAACCUUCGUCCGCACCCAGACACAAAGCCGACUACAACAUCUACGCGGAGGAUCCGGGGAAUCCGAGCGCGGCUCCGAGGGGCGCUCGGCCUCCGCCGCACUACAUCGAUGACACGAACGUCGCUCGGACACGCGAGAAAUCUGAGCCGCACGCGACCGACGUGAACUUCGAUGACUUCUUUCGAGACAAACCGGUUCACGUCUACGACCGGCCGGCGGCGAUCGUCCGAGCUCCGGAGCCGUCGGGCGCUCGGGAGCAGCAGCCACCGGGCCGCAAAGCCGCCACUUUCCCCAGGAACGGAGCCGAGCAUGACGCUCAUUCCGACCCCGCGAGCAAAGACGACUACACCCAGACGCGACCCAAAGUCCAGUCUCAAGGCGGGAGCGAGUCGCACCGGGGCGAUCCGGACGAGCCUCGGCCUCCGGAGACACCCCCGCCGGCACAAGGUCCUCCCGCCGGCGUCUGGGGGCGCUACAGCAACCUCCUGGAGUCCUCCGUAUCCGUGCCGGGGACUCUCAACGAAGCGGCCCGCACGGAAUCGUUCGGCGGCGGCCGCGGCGGCGAGCUCCAGGGGAUAUCCGAGCGCACCUUACUGGAACUGACUCGCGGCAAGUCGUCGUCGGCUCACCCCAGGGCUUGGUUCGUGUCUCUGGACGGAAAACCGGCCGCCCAGGUUCGCCAUUCCAUCAUCGAGCUCCAGAGUCGCCACCGGCCACCGAGCAGCAACGACACCAGCCUGGACUCCGGCGUGGACAUGAACGAGCCCCAGCAGAGCCUCCGCGACGCGGAGCGCGACAGGCGGUCAACGAGGGGCGGCAGAGGCGGCCGUCACGGCGAGGAGCAAGACCAGAGCAGCAGCGAGAGCGGCACCACCGCCACCUGUACGCCGGAGGACCCUUCCCUGAGGAACAUUCUAGACGGUAGCAGCGGAGCUAUUCCGAACAUUCCCGAAGAGCGGGACGGGACGGACACGUCCGACACCCGAGAGGACGGCGAGUCGAAAGGCACGCCGCCACCUCGGCGACUUCGGAAGGCGAGAGAAAGAGGGAAGGCGGAGAAGAGAACCGCCGAGCCCGUCCGGGAGGGAAGAUCUGUGACCGAGAGAAGUUAGAGCCGGCUUUAAACCGACCCGAAUCAGCGUUCACUCGGGCAUCGUCGUCGCGGAGUCACGCGAUCGCACAACCUCACCGAAGAAAGCGUAAGCCGACCGAAGACGACGCGGGUGCCGUUUAACCCUCUCGUUACGUCGCGGGUCCAUUCGAGGCGUUUUUAAAGUUUAAAAAUCUAAAGUAAACCGUUAAAAGUAUUUAAUUUUUUGUUUUAAGUCUGUUUGGAACUUCUUUGGCUUGACUUAAUAAGCAUAAAGAGCAUACCAAAUUAACUUUAUUUUACGAGAAGUCAAAGGCAGGUGUACAAAAGGUCCAAAGCGAUACUAUUUGUUUGUAAGCUACCGCGAGACCUCAAACAUUGCCCAACGUAGCGGUUUUCACAUUUUCAGAAUCCUUAAAAAGGGGGCGAGGGGUUAACAUACCCCCCCUUUCAACCCCCUACCUCACUUACUGCGACUGGCCUAAAAAGUAAGAACAGGUCGGGCUCAUGAACAAUUUGCACAAAAGUGUCGAAAGGACCAGAAAAAAAGAACCAGCCUUUACUAUUAUGCUACCAAAGGAGGAGUAGACAACUUGGACAAGAUGACUAGUUCAUACUUACACACAGGCAGCAAAAGAGAAAAACAUCUAUUUAAUUGUCCUGUAUUACCAUAGGUUUUAUUUUUGUAGGUCUUCCUAGCGGAUAUUAGGAAAACGACGACGUAAAUGUCACGUCUCAUCAAAUAUCGAUUGAAAUCUUUAGCAAUCUUUAGAAAUCUUUCUCGUUUCGGAGUAAACGUUCGAACAUAACGGGAGGGUUAAAAGGUUUCCGCACCUCAUUCCGUCAUUUCUCGAAAUCUGAAGAUCACCAGCGAGAUUCUCCAAAGCUAAUACCAUUCCCAGCGUUUGCGUCACAGAGGGUGCCUUUCUUACCGCCCGUAGUCACAAAACGUAAAGCGUUUCCUCGUAUUUAUAGAAAACGCGAAUCCGCGGGACGGACAGACGCACCUGUCCUCACCACAAACGACCGCUUUAAAUUCGACAAGCAUUCCUAUUUCUCUGUACUCUCACUUUGUUUUUGAACACACCGCCUCGAGAGGACCGCAACUCCGAACCGGGGAAAGACCAACACACACAAGUACAGAGCCGCCACAUUACGUUGACACGCGAUAGCCGAUACUUCAGGUCUACGGUCGCUUUUAUUUGGACAAAAACGAGCGUUUCCUUUAGCGAGCGAGCACACCGAGCCGAAGAGCUCGUAGUCAACUGGGCGACGGAACGUUUUUACCGUCGGACGUCGCCACGGCCGAUCGUAACUACUCCUACUCUGGGAUUUUCACAUAUUUGUUUAUUUCCAAGUUGAGAAACGUAGUCGAAACCUGUUUUACUUUCAUUAUCCGUCGAUCCAGGCGGGAUACUCUUAGGACAGGAUCUCGAUCCCUUUUCCGACGAUCGAACGGAGGGCGGAAGCGGACUAAAAGUUUCGACGCUUUCGAACCGCCGAGGGAGUCGAUCACGCACCUCGGUUUGCGAGCGGCGGAAAGCGAAAGCUCACAUUGUCGUUUUCACUUAAGAUUGUAGGGCGGGCCAGAAGUUUGGAAUGACAAAACAACAUGUCGGUAUACUUUGCGACAACAGAAAGACACUUUUAUUAGAAUGUAUUUUGCUAUAUUUAUCAGGUCUUUGGACGGAGCUGCCGUUUUCUGGGAAAUAAUUAUCGAAGGAAAGCGUUAAACGGAGCCGUUUUCAAACUUUAGGCGCAUUUGUAUAUUGUGAAAAAUACAGAGGACCAAUAGCAUCAAUUUAAGCGCGAAUCCUUAAAAGGAUCAAGAUUACAAACAUGUAGCUACCAUAACACCGCCACGGUCCCGGGAACAUCUGGCGUCGGUACGUAAAGUUUCGAAGCCUUCAGAGACAUUAGAAACGUAGCCGAAUAAUUCUCACCCCAAAGGAAUAAUUUUUGCAAUUAAACUUUACAGUCUUCCAUUUAAUCACAACGAACGCUCGAUUCCGUACACGGAAGCCUUCGCGUUUACUUUUAUACGUAAAUACCUUUUUCCGUGAGCAGUAGCGAUCUCGGUUGUUUAUUUGUUCGGUUUCCAUUUGAAAGAAGGCGGAACGAUCCACUCGGGUUGCGGCGGACGGAGCCUUCCGAGACACGUAGCUAUAUCGCGAACGUCAUCAGCCAGAAAGCGCAACGUCUCCCCACUUCUUCGGUGCGACGAGCAGUAGUAGUUUUCAACACCGGUUCUCGUCCAGCACAAUAAACCCGUCAUAGAUCGUUUGUUUCGUAGCGAUCCACACGAAAGUAACCGAUACUAAAUUACGGAUCCAUCCACCGUCACGCCCUUCGGUUUCUUCCGUACGGGCCGCCGCUUGUGUUUUUACCUUUGUAUCACUGUUAAUGUUGUUGUAGUUAUUGCAUCUUUUGAGAACUUGUUUAAUAAAGGUACUUUAUACCAAAAGAUGAUAAAGGAUUUGUAUCAAUGUCACAAGGAGA